UAAAAACUCUUCUUCUCCGUUCAAUCCUCAAAUAUUUCGUUUGCAAUUUCCCCUUUCUCUUCCUCUCUGUUCUUUGCCUUAUCCCCCAAUAAAAUAACCCCUAUUUUUCAAUCAAAAUUACGAGAACGCCACCCCCUUUUUUGGUUGUCGGUGUGAGGAGGGACGGGGAAAAUUGUGAUCGGACGACGGCGACGGUGGCGGCGGUGUGUUGUGACGAUGAUGGAGUGCAGUUUAUGGAUAUCCGCGGGGGAUCAUAAAAAUAACAAUAGUAAUUCUAAUAAUAAUAGUUUGUGGGGGUUUAGCAAUGAAAGUGAACAUGAUUUGGCUUUAAUGGUUAGUGAUUUUCUGGAAAAUAACGGUGGGAGCGCCGGUGCCGAUUCUUGGUGUAGUAGCGAUAGCGAGUCCGGCUUCUCCGAUCUUAUCCACCUCGCUGAUAAAAUCUCUUACUAUAAGCACUCUGUGUGUCACUAUGAUAUGGACUUGUUGUCUGUGGUUCAUUCACUUAUAUUAUCGAUGGGUGAGACGGACCUACACACUGUGAAGUCGGGUCCAUGUAAUGCCAGUUGCAUAAGGUAUUCCCUUGUAAAGCUGUUGAGGCUUUCUGGGUAUGAUGCUGCUGUUUGUGUAUCGAGGUGGCAGCGUAGUGGCAAAGUCCCUGGAGGUGAUCAUGAGUACAUUGAUGUGGUCAAUUACAGCAAUGGGAAUUCCGAGCGUGUGAUCAUCGAUAUCGACUUCCGAAGCCACUUCGAGAUAGCUAGAGCAGUUGAUUCAUACGACCGAAUAUUGAAUUCACUACCAGUUGUCUAUGUUGGUUCCUUGACUCGGUUGAAACAGUUGCUUCAACUUAUGGUUGAAGCUGCUAGGUCAUCUCUCAAGCAAAACUCGAUGCCGUUCCCUCCAUGGAGAUCUCUUGCUUAUUUGCAAGCAAAGUGGUACUCGCCCUACCAACGACAAUUUGCUCCUCUCGAACACGACAUCAGCGGCAAUUCUUCUUCUUGCCAUAAGCAAUGCAAAGGACAUUUAAGGAGGUUGCAACCUUCCCUUCAAUCCGAAUUAGAAGCAGAACGACUAUUGAAACCUAUAAACAUCGAUAAUAACCGAAGAUUGAAGCAUGACAGGGCACGACGCUCUUCAUUCAGGGCUCUCUGACAUGUACAGAUUUUGAUCUGGAAGAUUGAAAUUCCUUUUUUUUUUUUGGUGAGAGAAUGAACUGUAUUACGGCUUUUUUUUUAGCUAUUCUUUUUCUUGGUAGCGAAAUAAGAGUGAAUCUCGGAAUGAGGGGUAGGUUCAUAUAGCUGAUGAUCGAUUGAGUCAAUAACACGCCGCCGCCACGUUUUGUCGUUGAGACAUCUUUGUUUCACAUCUCGAGCUGGAGAGCCAUUUGCUUCUCGUCGAUAUUCCAGGCACAGGUAUGUAGCGGUAUCGAUGUACGAGAACUGCUGCGGUCCGAAAGGCAUUAUAGAUUGUUAUUGUUUUUCCCUAAGCCUAAUAUUUUUAUAAGGUUGGAAAAUUUGUUCUUAAAAUUUUGUCCACUCUCUUCUUCAUAUAUGAUUUUGAUUGUGAAAGAUAUGCUUUUGAUUACAAAUAUAAAAUAGUAUAUUAGUUGCUUUGUUCA